CAGGUGGAUUCAGCCAACAUGCCUCGUAGUUUCAGCCGUUUUCUAUCAAAUCGCUAUAAUAAUGAGCGGGAAAACCUCAACGAACGCUAUCAGGCUGUACUUCCUGAAACAUCCAACAUUUCCCAGAACCGGAAGCCACGAACUACUUUUACCCAAAGGUCGAGGGCUCUAAACAAAUCGGAAAUAAACAUCAACAAAAGGUUCACCUUUCAUUAUGGAAAAGUGCAUCCGAGCAGUGAUUGGCGCCAUGGCGAUGAUAUACCCAUUGUAGUCCGAAGAGAAAUGGAGGAACGACAAGGUGAGCAGCUAAUGGAGCUUCAACCGAUCUCGGAGGAUCACGUGUUUAGUCACACCAUCUGGAGGGUGCAAAUGCCGGAACAAAGUCUUACAUUGAAACCCAAAAUCGAAGGUAAUCCGAAAGAUGGAAUCAUCACGGCGGUGGCCAAACCCAGAGGCCGUCGUGGUAGGAAACCUAAAAAUAAUUUAACAGCUCAGGCGACAUUGAAUCAGAAAACAUUAGUGGAGCAAGUUAUAAAGCCACAAGAGGUGGAGGCAAUGGAACCUCCAACUCCUGUCAAGAAACCAAUCGAAAGACGUCAAAUGAAGCAGAAGGGUGAGCAAUUCACGUGCAGCACCUGCUCCAGGACCUUUAAUCACUCCUGGCUGCUGGUUGCCCAUAUGAGGGUCCACACAGGAGAGAGACCCUUCGUGUGUCCCGAGCAAGCAUGCCAAAGAUCCUUCUCCGAUCGCUCCAAUCUUCGAACCCAUCAGCGUUCGAUGAGCCACCAUAAUUGGGAGCAUCAGUGCGGACAAUGUGGCAAGUUUUUUAAUCAGAUUUUUUACCUAAAUCGGCAUACAUUAGAUUCCUGUCGCAAAUAUUUGAUGAGUGCCAUGCACAGAAGGUCCUAA